UUUUGGCUGCGUGUCUUGGUUUGUUUUUGUUUCCAAACAAACCAAGACAUACGCAAGGAAUCAAGGGAACAGCUAAAGCUCUCUAGCCCGAAUUUUCGUCAAGAGCAAUGUUUCCGACAAUGGAGGAUGCCUAUGAUGUCAAUGAAGGCAUGUCGACGGAGCGUGCCUACGAGGCGGAGCCCGUGCCUUCGCUGUCGGAGACGAUCACGCUGCGGUCAAUUUUGAUGAGCGUCACCCUCGGCGUGAUUCUCAGCGUUGUAGCCAUGAAGAUCAGCUUGAACUCUGGAUUCCUCCCGUCGCUAAGCAUCCCAGCUGGCCUCCUCGGGUUCUUCAUGUCACGUGCGUCGAUCCGUGUGCUCGACUACCUCGAGGUGCCGCACUUGCCCUUUACUCGCCAGGAGAACACCGUCAUCCAGACAUGUGUGGUCGCUUGCACCUCCAUUGCGUUUAGCGGUGGGUUCGGUACGUUCCUCCUUGCGAUGGGCAAAAAAUCUGCAGGAGGCGACAUCCAAGAUGACAUCAAUGUCGAGGAACCAAACAUAUUUCGUAUGGUCACCUUCUUGUUCCUUGUGAGUUUCGCCGGCAUAUUCAUCAUCAUGCCCUUUAGGAAGGUCAUGAUCAUCCGGCACCAGUUGACGUUCCCUAGCGGCACGGCCACGGCCCACCUCAUCAACAGCUUCAACACCCCUCAGGGCGCCAACCAAGCGAAAAUGCAGGUGUCGAUGUUGUUCAAGUCAUUUGGAGGAUCCAUGGCAUGGUCCAUCUUCCAGUGGUUCUUCUCCGGCGGGACAGUCUGCGGCUUCAAAGUCUUCCCUACCUUCGGCCUCGAGGCGUACAAGCGCGGCUUCUUCUUUGACUUCUCAAUGACCAACGUGGGCAUCGGGAUGAUAUGCCCCUACAUGAUCAGCAUCUCCAUGCUCGUCGGGUCGGUCAUCUCGUGGGGGAUCAUGUGGCCGUACAUCGAGACCAAGGAGGGCAGCUGGUAUCCGACUAGCCUUGGCAGUGGCAGCCUCAGCGGCAUCAAGGGAUACAAGGUAUUCAUUGGCAUGUCCAUGAUCCUUGCAGACGGCUUCUUCAACUUCCUAUGCAUCAUGUUCCAGACUUCGGAUGCCAUGUCCAAGCGGCGCCAACAACCGAUGCAAGGCAAUGGCAGUGCACAGCCAUUCCAGUGCAUGAAUGGUGCUUGCGAUCUAGACCAAAAUAAGACAGUCAAAAGCUUCGACGACCGUCGCAGGGCGCAAGUGUUCCUCAGGGACCAGAUACUCAACUCGGUCAUGAUUGGCAGCUACAUCCUUCUUGCAGCAAUCUCCACCAUUGUCAUCCCGCAUCUGUACCCUCAGCUGAGGUAUUACCACGUGGCGCUCACCUACCUUGCAGCACCUGUCUUCUCCUUCUGCAACGCCUACGGGUACGGGAUCACCGAUAUGAACCUGUCGAGCACCUACGCCAAGAUGGCCAUGCUGGUGUUUGGCUCGUGGGUGGGGCUCAAGGGUGGUGGCGUGGUUGCCGGGCUCGUCGCUUGCGGGAUCAUGAUGUGCACGUUGUGCAACGGCGGCGAUGUCAUGCAGGACCUCAAGACGGGCUACUUGACGCUAACCUCGCCGCGCGCCAUCCUCAUCAGCGAGGUGAUCGGCACGGCGUUGGGGUGCAUUAUAAACCCCUCGAUCUUCUGGGUAUUCUACAAGGUGUACAAGACGGCCACCAUCGGCGACAUCCCCGAGGUGCCCUACGCCAGGGUGUACCGCGGCAUGGCCAUGCUGAGCGUCGGCCAGGGAGGCUUGCCCCGGCACAGCAUGCUCCUCGCCAAGGUCUUCUUCGUGCUGGCGCUAGUGAUGUGCGUGCUCCGGGAGGUGGCGAACCGGAGGCAGUGGCGCAUGAGGCACUACAUCCCGAGCACCGUGGCCAUGGCCGUGGCCUUCUUCGUGCCGCCGGACAUGCCCAUCGGCAUGUGCAUCGGGAGCCUGGCAUUGCGCCUGUGGGAGCGCACGGACCCCGGCAAGGAGCAGCUGUUGUCGCCCGCGGUGGCGUCUGGGCUGAUCUGCGGGGACGGGCUCGGGUCCCUGGUGUCGUCCUUGCUGACGCUGACCAAGGCGGCACCGCCGAUCUGCAUCAUGUUCUUGUCUCGAGGUGACAACGUCAAAUUGGAUGAGUUCUUGGCAAAGCUGCCUGCGACAUAGGUCCGGACGUGUGCUUCUUGUGGGAAACUUACCGCUGACUGACUAAUUCAGGCAUAGA